AUGGUCGAUUCGACGGUGGCAACUUCUUUUCCCCAUGCGGACGUCGGCAGCGAGGGAGGGAGGAAGAGAAGCUGGUGCGGUGGUGAGGAGGUGAAGGAAGAGAAGCGACUGCGGUGGCGACAGCUUGAUCAGCACAGGCGAAGGAAAGGGAAGGUUGUCGGUGACCCGGGGGGGGGGGGGGGGGGCAAGGGAGGAAGAAGGAAGGAAAGAGAAGGAGGGGGGAAAGGAAGAGGGAAGAAUUCUAGUCCCAUGAGGAUUCGUACUCCAACUAGGAAUCCUAGUCCCACGAGGAGCCCUACUUCUACUAGGAAUCCUACUUUCACUAGGAAUCCUAGUCCUACGAGGAGUCCUACUCCAACUAGGGAUCCUACUUCCACUAGGUAUCCUAGUCCCAUGAGGAGUUCUACUCUAGCUAGGAAUCCUAAUCCAACUAGGAUUGUACACGAGCCACUCAAAUAUGAUCGACCAAUGACUAGAGCUCGCAUGAGGAAGUUCAAGGAUUCUUUAGGAGUGUUCCUAAAGCAAGAGUUGAAGCUUGGGUUGGAGAUCUAA